UCGAAUAUUGGUACCCCUUAUUUAAGACUUUAUGUGUUUAUUUAUGUUGGUAUAGCUGUAUCUUUUAGUCGGUUUUUAUUUUGAAAAGUAAACGCAACAACGCGGUGAAAAGAAUUUUCUGUUGUUUAUAUAUUUUUAAGGUGGCACAGGCUAUAUGAAAAAUUAAUGAAACAAUUUUCGUAAUGGGAAAUUACAUGAACAAGUUUUUUUCCCAUAACAAUGAUAUUGAAAAGGAAGAAAUAAGGAAUGCACAUUCUGAAAUGAUAGAUAAUACAACAAUUGAAAAAGACUUAAUAUUUACUCCACCCCUAAUACAGAAAACAUUACCAAUUGAUCCAAGAUCAGUAACAACUGGAAUAGAAAGAACACCAAUAGAAGUAAAUUAUACAUCCCUUGGAUUAAAUAAAAGGAUUAUAUCUGCAAUCCCAAAACAUUUACAAAGUAAACAAUAUUUAGAAACAAACCUAGAUCAAAUAAUGACCUGUUUAACACCUAAAAAACAUUUUCCAUCAAGAGUAGUAGAAAGUACAAAAUUACAGUUUUCAGAUAUGCCAAAUAGAAAUGCAGAGACCUUUUUAACACCAGAAGUUAACAAUGUAAAUAAUAAGAAGAAACUUUCACCUAUAGAAAAAGAACGUUAUGAAGUUUUGGGAAUUGAUCCUAGAUCCCCAGCUGCAAAUUUUGAUAGGACUCCAAUAUUAAUGCCAAAAUCAUUAGAACUAUUAAAAGCAAGAUCCAGAGAAGAUCUACACAAACAAGGAAGCUAUGAGACAGAUAUUUUUUAUCCAAAAUUUGCAUAUUGCGAAAUGUCAUCAGAAUUUAGUAUUCCUGAAAUACAAGCUUUACCCGAUUUGGCUACAUGUACAACAAAAUGUUUAGAUCUGAAUGAUACUGAUGAUGGUGCUAGAUCAAAUGAGUCUGAAACAUCACAUUCCAGUUGUUCACCUGAAAUUGAAAAAGUUUCUGAAGAUGGAGAGAAAUUACUAGAAAGUCAAAAUGAAACUCAAACAACUUUAAGGGAAGAUAAUUGUAAUGAUGUAUAUAUUAAAAAAGAUAUAGAAGAAUUAAAUGUUUGUAAUAACGAGAAUGAUAAUGAUACCAUUAAAAUAUGGAGAGAUACAAUGGUGCUGGAUAAAGUACUGGAAUUUGAAUCAACAGAAUUACAUGAUAUGCAAUUAGUUAAAAAAAAAACGUCGCAAACGCCUAAAGAGAAUGUAAUUAUAACAUUUGAUGAUAGUAGCUCUACUAAAGAUGUACUAUCGUUAAAAAUAUCUAAAACUGGAAAUGAUAUAGCAAGAGUAGAUACAACCAUAAAGAAGAGAUAUCUUAAGUUAGAUAUUAAAACAGAAGAAAAGAAAGUUUUCAAUUCUAAUGAUAAAAAUGAUACUGAAUCUAUAAAGGCUCGGACUCCUCUUGGUAACCGUUCAAAUAAUGAACAAAGGCAAACAUUGUCAACAAAAUCUCCACAACAAAUAUUUAGAAAUAAAGGUAUAGCUUCAAAAAUGUUACAGGAAAAUACUCCACCCCAUAAAAAACAUGUUACAAAAACUAAAUUAAAUGGUGUUCAAUGGGAUCCGGAUUCAACAGUUAUUAUUUAAGUGCUAAUAUUAAAGAUUUUAAUUAAUGAACGAUAUUAAAAUAUAGUUUAUCUUUUUUACAUCAAUUUUUA